AUGGCAACCCCACGGCGAGCCCCGGACACACCACCGCCCGCGCCCACGCACAUCCCACACACACACGCCACCCCCCCGCGCUCUCGCCCCCACGGCGCCACCACCGGCAGCAGCAGCAGCAGCUUCGCCCUGCCCCCGCCAGCCUACAGCUCCCUCGCCGAGCUCUCGCUCGCGGCCUCGGCCCUGCUGCCGCGCCGUCUCACACCCUCCGGCGCCGUCAUGCCGCCCGCGCUGCGCCGCGUCUGCCGCCGCCCCCACGGCCGCCAGGUCUGGGCCGCCCUCUUCGCCGACGGCCUCGCGCCCGCCGCGGCGCGCUUCGCCGUCGCCAUCCUGACGAACCACGUGCGCCGCAUGCUGCUCCCCUGGCUCGGCGCCUGGGUGUGCGCGACGCCGCUGGCCCAUCUCAAGAUGGCCAUCGGCAGCCCGCAUCUGUUCCUCGACGCGCAGCUGCUGCUGGCGUCGGCGCCGGCGUCGGCGCCGGCUGCUGCGUUCGGGGGUGUCGCGUGGACGGUGGCGCAAAAGGCGGUUGUCGACCUCCUCGGCGGCGCCGCGGCGCGGACGGUCGUGGGCGCCGACGCGCACGAGGCGUCCAGGACGGCGCGGGACGGUCCGAGACGGCGGCGCGUCGUCGUCGAGGUUGCCGCGGUUGGCGUUCUGGUCUGGGCGCUCGCGGCGGCUGAAUAUGUCCAGGCGAGGACGUGCCACGCCGUUGCGGUUGUGAUGGCCGUGGGGAAGCUCGUCGGCGGUCCGUCGGAGGUGCAUCGCGUGGUCUUGGGGGAGGUCCUGGCGAGGCGGUGGGUUGGCGUGCCUCUGUGCGCGUGCAGCAGCAGCAAGGAUCACACAGCGGGCCAAAUCGAGGAGGACACAUAG